AUGGCAUUGAAACGAAUGGGAAUUGUAAGCGACUAUGAGAAAAUCCGUACCUUUGCUGUAGCAAUAGUAGGUGUUGGUGGAGUUGGCAGUGUGACUGCUGAAAUGCUGACAAGAUGCGGCAUUGGUAAGUUGCUACUCUUUGACUAUGACAAGGUGAAACUGGCCAAUAUGAAUCGACUUUUCUUCCAACCUCAUCAAGCAGGAUUAAGUAAAGUUCAAGCAGCAGAACAUACUUUGAGGAACAUUAAUCCUGGUGUUCUUUUUGAAGUACACAACUACAAUAUAACCACAGUAGAAAACUUUGAACGUUUCAUGAAUAGAAUAAGUAAUGGUGGAUUAGAAGAAGGAAAACCUGUUGACCUAGUUCUUAGCUGCGUGGACAAUUUUGAAGCUCGAGUGACAAUAAAUACAGCUUGUAAUGAGCUUGGACAAACAUGGAUGGAGUCUGGGGUCAGUGAAAAUGCAGUUUCAGGGCGUGUACAGCUCAUAAUUCCUGGAGAAUCUGCUUGUUUUACGUGUGCGCCACCGCUUGUAGUUGCUGCACAUAUUGAUGAGAAGACUCUGAAACGAGAAGGUGUUUGUGCAGCCAGUCUUCCUACCACUAUGGGAGUGGUUGCUGGGAUCUUGGUACAAAAUGUGUUAAAGUUUCUGUUAAAUUUUGGUACUGUUAGUUUUUGCCUUGGAUACAAUGCAAUGCAGGAUUUUUUCCCUACUAUGUCCAUGAAGCCAAAUCCUCAGUGUGAUGACAGAAAUUGUAGGAAGCAACAGGAAGAAUAUAAGAAAAAGGUAGCAGCACUGCCCACACAGAAGGUUGUUUAAGAAGAGGAAGAGAUAAUACAUGACGACAAUGAGUGGGGUAUUGAGUUGGUAUCUGAGGUUUCAGAAGAGGAACUGAAAAAUUCUUCAGGUCCAAUUCGUGACUUACCUGAAGGAAUUACAGUGGCAUAUACAGUUCCCCAAAAGCAAGAAGAUUCUGUACCUGAAGUAACAGUGGAAGAUUCUGGUGAAAGCUUGGAAGACCUCAUGGCCAAUAUGAAGAACAUGUAAAUAAUGGACUGGCCUGUAUUUUAUUUCCUGUGUCUAAAC